AUGGAAAAUAGACCGAACGACUUCGACAAGCAAGAGCUAUUGAGGCAUCUCUCGACCGUCCCUGCACAAACAAUUCUCCGUCAUCUGCAAGAAGAUACAAUCCUGGAGAUCGCCACCAAGUGUUUCGAAGACAAAAUGGAAGAGAGCAAUAUGAGACAAUACUCAGAGUCUCAAUCGGCGCCUCAUUACAUGGAGCUGCAAAGAGCCUUGCCACAGAAGAAGAGCAACAGCAAACAGGUUGGAGACCGCGCAAAACGGCCUCUAAAUGCUUUCAUUGCAUUUAGAAGCUAUUACGUGAAACUAUUUCCAGAGUCGCAGCAAAAGGCCGCGUCAGGCUUUCUCACUACGCUCUGGAGCAAAGACCCGUUCAGAAACCGCUGGGCAAUGAUCGCGAAGGUCUAUUCUUUCGUUCGUGACGAGAUGGGCAAAGCAAAGGCUCCUCUAUCAUCAUUUUUGAUGGCCGCUUGCCCAGCCAUGGACAUCUUGCCUCCCGAUGAAUAUCUCCGGGUCCUCGGCUGGGCUGUCGAGGAUUCCGAGAAUGGAACCAAGAAGCUUGUUCAAAAAGAAGAGCUGCGAGUGCCCAAGGAAACCACAAAACCAUGCCCAGAUUCGGAGUUGGAACUGUUUCAAGGAAUGAUUGAGCUGGGAUACAUGCCGGAUGAGAAUAUCCUCCUAUUGGAGGCCCUUCUGGCUCAGGAUAACCGUUCAAAUCUUACUUCAACAAUCUCCAUCGCCUCGCGCGCCUCCGUCGAAACGAACCAAGACCGACUCCCGCAGAACAUAGCUGAAAGCGCAUUGACAUCAGAGCAAAAGGUUUUUGCAACCCAGGCAGAAGUUCCUAUAUACACACCAAGCCUGGAUGCCUCAACACCUUGCUGCGAGACUCCGCGCUUCUUAGAAGAGACAACGACGCCGUCCACUUGCACAUCCAUACCCACCCCUCCACCGCAGCCCGCGGCUCUCUUGCCGUCAAUCUCAACGCCGUCGCAUUCGUCGGGCAUGCUGUCUGCUGUGCCCGUUUCUACCGCGGAACCCACGCCAGGGCCAGUCGCUGAAUCUUACUUCCGGCCUUACUAUUACAACCUCGUUACUGACGACUCCCUUGCUUGUUCCCCUGCAUCGUCACUGAGUGGAAAUGAUGGCCUUAUUACCUACCCUACCUCGCAUCCUGGCUAUACCGGAACAGCCUCGCUACCUGCUGUCCUGAGCUUGGAAGGCGUGGCAGACCACCAAGCUUUCAAUAUUGACUGUCCGUGGGAUAUUGACGCUGUACUGAGCCAAUGUCCGCAACCGCUAAGCACGGAUCGACUCUUUGUUCAUUCCAGUGGUACAGAGUAUGACCCACACGAGGAUUUUCACUAUACUUUUUGA